GCAUCAAUGGAGUCACUGAAGUGAUUGCUUCUCAAAAUAUGGAGCAAGUUAAUAGUGUCCUUGGUUCUAUAGUGGAAGGAGCUUCAGCUUCACCCGAUCCAUCAGUUAAGAGGAUCUGCUUUAUGAGUUUAAAGAAGCUAGUGGAAGGCUGGAGUGGUCAAAAUGUUUUAUUGGAUUAUCCUUCAACCAGUGGAUUCAUUGAUUACGUGUAUAAAGAGAUACUACCAAUCUGCUUCAUCGUACCUCUUCAACCAACCUUUGACCUUAAUGAAGGACAAGCUUAUUUAUGUUUGGGUGAGAUUGUAUCAUUAUUGAAGGAGCUAGUCACACAGAGGGGUGAGGAAUUUCUUCUGUAUCUCCAGUCACAAUAUCUUCCGUCUCUCAUGAUACCAACUGACAUUGGACAGGUACUGAUAAUUGAUAGUUAGACGUACAUUUACAUGUUUUUUUUAUGUACCAUAAUGCCUCCAAUAUUUCUUGAUACAUUCUUAA